AUGACUGUUGCUGAUUCGGAUUUUCCGAUUGAUAAUGGCGCGAGUUGCUUGCCGAUUUCACCGGAAGAAGAAAAACGGAUCGUGUCUGAGUUGAUUAAGAUAUCGGAACUUAAUUUGAAAGAGGGCAACUUGUACUACGUUAUUUCCAAUAGAUGGUUUUCAAGGUGGCAGAUGUAUGUGGGGCAUUGCCCUGGAAUGCUUUCCACCGAUCAGCAAUCUUCUGAUGGCCUGCAUGUCGACGCCGUUAGACCUGGUCCAAUUGAUAAUUCUGAUAUUAUUUCAAAUGGAAGUAAUUGUGACGGGAAUGAUUUAGAUAUUCAUCGAACAUUGCAAGAGGAGAUAGACUAUGUUUUAGUUCCUCAAGAAGUAUGGGAAAGGCUGUUGGAAUGGUACAAAGGUGGACCAGAAUUGCCAAGAAAGUUGAUUUCUCAGGGUGUUGGACAGAAGCAGUACAGUAUUGAGGUGUACCCAUUUAGUCUAAAGGUGACUGAUGCGAGAGACAACAGUGUUUCAAUUGUAAAAUUAAGCAAAAAGGCUACCAUGAGUGAACUUUAUGAGCUGGUGUGCAAAGUUAAAGGAGUAGAACAGAACAAGGCUUGUAUUUGGGAUUACUUCAAUUUGAACAAGCUUUCAUUACUGACGGCUUCAGACCACCAGACAUUGGAGGAUGCAAACAUGACAAUGGACCAUGAUAUUCUUCUAGAAGUUUCAGUUGAUACAGAUCAUUCUUCUCAUUCUGGUGUGCAUUCAAUAGGAAAUGAAUUAGCAUUGGUACCAUUAGAACCUCCAAGAUCAUCUGUAUCAAUUGCAGGGGGACCUACCUUGUCAAAUGGUCACUCAACUGGGUCUGGUUUUAAUUUGUAUCAGGGAAGUUCUGUAAGUUCAUCAUUGACUACUAUGGAUGAUAACUAUGACAUCUAUAAAGGUGAACGAGGUGGUUUAGCAGGACUGCAGAACUUGGGGAAUACCUGCUUUAUGAGUAGCGCUCUUCAAUGUUUAGUCCACACUCCACCACUUGUUGAAUUUUUCUUACAAGAUUACAACGAUGAGAUCAACAGGGACAAUCCUUUAGGAAUGAGUGGUGAGUUAGCACUUGCAUUUGGUGAUUUGUUGAGGAAACUAUGGUCCUCUGGGCGAACUGCUAUUGCACCACGCGCGUUCAAGGGAAAGCUGGCCCGAUUUGCUCCACAAUUCAGUGGUUAUAACCAACAUGAUUCUCAAGAAUUGCUUGCCUUUUUAUUGGAUGGACUGCAUGAAGAUUUGAAUCGUGUGAAACAAAAGCCUUACAUUGAAAUGAAGGACUCAGAUAGUAGGCCAGAUGAGGAAGUUGCGUAUGAGUGUUGGAAAAAUCAUAUGGCUCGGAAUGAUUCAUUGAUUGUUGAUCAAUGCCAGGGUCAAUACAAAUCAACAUUGGUUUGUCCUGAAUGUGGCAAAAUUUCAAUCACUUUUGAUCCCUUUAUGUAUUUAUCAUUACCACUUCCUUCCACUGUCACCCGGACAAUGACAGUUACCGUCUUUUAUUGUGAUGGGAGUGGUCUUCCCAUGCCGUACACAGUGAAUGUUCUGAAGCAUGGUUGCUGCAGGGAUCUUUGCCAAGCAUUGGGCACUGCAUGCUGUUUGAAGAGUGAUGAAAUGCUUUUGCUUGCAGAGGUUUAUGAGAAUAAGAUUUAUCGAUAUCUAGAGAAUCCGUUAGAGUCCUUGACUUCUAUCAAGGAUGAAGAACAUAUUGUGGCUUAUCGACUCAAGAAUGGAGCCAGGAAAACAAAACUAGAAAUAGUGCAUCGAUGUCCGGAUAAUGUGAAGGGUGGAGACAGGAAGAUCUUUGGAACUCCCUUGGUUACUUAUUUGGCAGAAGAUCCUCAAUAUGGAGCAAACAUUGAGGCUUAUGUACAUAGAAUGUUGGCACCUUUAAGAAAAGCACAUUCUUCAACUAGGUCUCACGAAGGGAAGGAAAAUGGUUUCAUCUCAGGUGGUAGUGAUGAGCAAUCAAGCAUCUCUAAUUUUGAAAGUGAACCAAGAAACCUGACACAUGGCUCCAGAGAACAGGAGGGGACAUCCUGUGGGGAGUCAUCUUUCCAACUUGCUUUAACUAAUGAUGGAUGUUUUAGCUGUGAGCCCAUUGAAAAGGCAUCUGUGAUAAAACCCAGUGCACAUAUAAAGGUUUUUCUUGACUGGACUGAGAGAGAAUAUGAAUUAUAUGAUGCCAGCUAUCUGAGAGAUCUUCCCGAAGUCCACAAAACCGGUUUCACUGUAAAAAAAACCCGCCAAGAAGCUAUUUCUUUGUUUUCAUGCUUGGAGGCAUUCUUGACUGAAGAACCUCUAGGGCCAGAUGACAUGUGGUACUGCCCUCAAUGCAAGGAACACAGACAGGCUACAAAGAAACUGGACUUGUGGAAAUUGCCAGAGAUUCUGGUUUUUCACUUGAAACGAUUCUCAUAUAGCAGAUACUUGAAAAACAAACUUGACACCUUUGUGAAUUUUCCUAUUCACAAUCUUGAUUUGACCAAGUAUGUGAAGAAUAAGGAAGGACAGCCCUAUGUGUAUAACCUUUAUGCAAUCAGCAACCAUUAUGGUGGUCUAGGGGGUGGGCAUUACACUGCAUAUGCUAAGUUGAUUGAUGAUAAUAAGUGGUACCAUUUUGAUGACAGUCAUGUCAGUCCUGUUAGUGAAGCUGAAAUUAAGUCUUCGGCUGCAUAUGUGUUAUUUUAUCAGAGAGUGGGAAGUAAAAACCAGAUGGAAGGAGAGACGUCUUAG